AUGACGCAACUUGCCAAACCUCCUGCGGCGCGCCUGUGCCAUUUAGUUCGCAGGCCCGAGUAUGACGGCUAUGGUUUUAAACUGAUUCCGGCCACGCAGGGCUAUCUUCCACGGCUGUCAGCCGUAGAACCCGGAAGCCCAGCUGAGGCCGCUGGCCUGCGAUCCAAUGACACUGUCGUUGAGGUAAACGGGGUGAUCUUGGAUGGCCUCGGACAUGAAGAUGUGGUGCAGCUCGUCAAGUCCACACCUAACGAAGCUCGACUCUUGGUCGUAGACGACGAAACCGCUGCCUGGUACAAGAGGCGCGGCAUCGCCCUUCGCGGCGACAACCUCAACGUCGUUCGCACGAGCUCCAAAAACUCAUUGAGGAAGGAGCUUGCGGGGGGUCUUCGCUUGUGCUACCUGCGCAAGUGGCCGGACUAUGAGGGGUACGGCUUCAGUCUCCGAGAAGACGAAGAGAACUUUUUCAUCACGGCCGUAGUCCCCGACAGCCCCGCCGAGCUUGGUGGACUUCGCAAUGAUGACAGGCUCAUCGAAGUGAACGCGGUAUCAGUGGAAAACAGGAGCUACCAGGAAAUAAUGUCGCGCAUCGGCAAGGAGCCAGACCAAGUAGACUUGCUGGUCAUCGACCGUGAGACAGACGAGGCCUUCGCGAGCCGUCAGCAGAAGCCCAGUGGUCAGGCGGACGGUGUCCUGAGGCGCUGGACACCAGCCCGACGACCUCGGUUAACAUUUAUGAAAACGAAAAAACAGACGCCCAAAGUAGAAGCCGCAGGCACUGAGGGAUUUGUGAUUCCACACGCCCUUGAAUCGGCUAAUGACGCUGAACAUGACAAGGCUAUCAGCGAAGAAGACCUCGUCGUGAAGGAAGGCGUGGUCAAAAGUCAUUGGCGACCACAUGUUCCUGCCACCCAGUCCAUGUUCCUGAACUGCGCCAGUCCCAUUCCUACCCUGAGAAAGGACAACACCAGUAACAGCCGAUACUCGUCGAUCAGCGUCGGGUCAUCGGAAACCAUGUCACCUACUGAAUCUGCGGAUGGGCUUCGUCUCUGCCACUUGUCCAAGUGGCCAAACUUCGAAGGCUACGGAUUCGCCUUGAAAGCCGAGAGGCUUCGAGAUGGCCAGUUCGUUGCACACGUCGACCUCGGCAGCCCAGCUCAUCUGGGCGGGCUGCGGAAAAGGGACAGGAUAGUCGAG